AUGGGAAAGUGUCAAAGUAAAAAGAAAUAUCCACCUCCUGAUAUAACGUAAGUUGUAAACCAUUAUUCGUAGAAAACUUCCCAUUGAUUGACAGGGAUACAACUGCCUGAAAAAUACAAGGAGACCUUCGAAGUUUCGAGCGAAGGCCCUCCCUAUCAAUCCGAACUCCGAAGCUUUCUUAUUAUUAAUAGUUUUACCAACACCGGCACAAACCCUUCAAGAUUAUCUUACAGUACGAAUGGUGCUUUGAUACCUUACAGAGCAAGCGAAACAUCCCAGUUCAAUUCUAUGCUUCCAAAUACAAGAAUUAACAUUAUUCCGUUUUCUCACAGAAUUGAAUUGGAAAAGACGCUGCAGCAAUGCAUCAAUGAAAAAGAUGAGUAUAAAGAAAAGUACGAAGAAUACAUUAGGUAAACAUUCCAAGGCAAACUUGGAACCAUUGUUUUGGAAACAAUGUUUCCCGAUUUGUCUACUCUCGGGAAACAUGGCUAGGAAACAAUGUUUCCUGGUUUGUCCACAUUCAGGAAACAUGGCUAGGAAACAAUGUUUCCAGGUUUGUCCACAUUCAGGAAACAUGGCUAGGAAACAAUGUUUCCUGGUUUGUCCACCUUCAAGAAACAUGGCUAGGAAACAAUGUUUUCUGGUCUGUUCACCUUCAGGAAACAUGGCUAGGAAACAAUGUUUCUUGGUUUGUCCACCUUCAGGAAACACAAAACAAUUUCCUUUCCUUUCAGACGAUAUGAAGAUAUUAAAUCGCAGCUAGAAAAAUCUUUACGGACGGUUAAAAUUCUACAAAGACAGUUAAAAAUUUCGGAGGAUAACGCUUCGUCAUUGUAUCGUCGUUAUGCAAUAGAGAGCGAUCUGAAUAAACGGCUGAAACUGUCACAGAAAACAUCAACAGAAUAUGGCAGGCAGGAUACAUUAUCAUGGUAA